AUGAACGGCGGGAGCGACUCUUGUAAUGACGAGAUUGAGAACCAACUGAAGCGGGACCGUCUCAUGGCGAAGAACGAGAUUAAGAUGUUGCUGUUGGGAGCUGGAGAGUCGGGCAAGUCGACUGUCCUCAAGCAGAUGAAGCUCAUCCACCACGGUGGCUACAACGAUUCGGAGCGGGAUUCGUACAAGGAGAUCAUCUACUCCAACACCAUCCAAUCCAUGCGCACGCCAUUCCCCUAUCCCCAAAACGACGCCCGCCGCGCCACCAUCGUCGCCCUUCCCGGUCAAAUCGAGGCUGAGACCCUCCCACGGGACGUCGCCGAUGCCAUCCGCUCACUAUGGCGCGACCCCGCCGUGCAAGAGGCUGUGCGCCGGGCCCGCGAAUUCCAGCUGAACGACUCGGCGGUGUACUACUUCAACUCGAUCGAACGCAUGGCGUCGCCGUCGUACAUGCCGACCGACCAGGACAUCCUCCGCUCGCGUGUCAAGACGACAGGUAUCACGGAGACGACGUUUAAGGUCGGCGAGCUCACAUACAAGCUGUUCGAUGUUGGUGGCCAGCGGAGCGAGCGGAAGAAGUGGAUACAUUGUUUCGAGAAUGUAACGGCUCUGGUGUUCCUGGUGUCGUUGAGCGAGUACGAUCAGAUGCUGUAUGAGGACGAGAGUGUGAACCGUAUGCAAGAAGCCCUCACGCUCUUCGACUCGAUAUGCAACUCGCGGUGGUUCGUCAAGACGUCAAUUAUCCUCUUCCUGAACAAGAUCGACCUGUUCGCCGAGAAGCUGCCGCGCUCGCCGCUCGAGGACUACUUCCCCGACUACACGGGUGGGAACAACUACGAUGCGGCCUGCGACUACCUCCUCCACCGCUUCGUCUCUCUCAACCAGAGCGCGGCGACCAAGCAGAUAUAUGCGCACUACACAUGUGCGACAGACACGCAGCAGAUCAAGUUCGUCCUGAGCGCCAUCCAAGACAUCCUGCUGCAACUGCACCUCCGGGACGGCAGCGACGACGAUAUCACCGAGUACGGCGGGCGGUGUGUGGUGGGGCUUGGUGGGCGUAACGCGGCUUCAAUUGCCAAGGAGUGA